UGUAGCUGAUUCCAUGACGUUUACGUUACACUUUGUUUUUGUACAAGAGAUUAGGUAGUGUGCUCUAGCAGCUGCCUAUCAUGUAGCCUGACUUUAUCAUUUGUGAUUUACUAUCAUAUUUUAUUCACUUAAUGAAACAGCUGGCUUUUCUGGAAUUUUAGUAAAUGUGAAAUUUAUCGUUCGAAGUAAGCCAUGAAUGGAAAUUCUAAUCCGCUUUUGGACAAAGAAGAACAUGUCUUAAAGCUUGGGGAAAGCUUUGAAAAACGCCCUAAGUCUUCGUUUCAUACCAUUAGAUAUGAUUUCAAACCAGCGUCCAUAGACACAACUUGUGAAGGGGAACUGCAAGUUGGAAAAGGCGAUGAAGUCACCAUCACAUUACCUCACAUUCCGGGUUCCACGCCACCCAUGACGGUAUUCAAAGGCAACAAGAGGCCAUAUCAGAAAGACUGUGUUCUGAUCAUCAACCAUGACACCGGGGAGUAUAUUCUUGAAAAGCUGAGCAGCAGCAUACAGGUCAAGAAGACCAGAGCGGAGGGAAGCAGUAAGAUCCAGGCACGGAUAGAGCAGCAGUCAGUGAGGGCUAACCAGCCUCCCUCACAGUUCCGUGCUCCAACCAAGCCAGGAGCAGGUGCCAAAGCAUCUCCAUCACCAUCACCAUCCAAGGACAAUCCCUCCCCUGAGCCUCAGCUAGAUGACAUCAAGAGAGAGCUGCGUGCGGAGGUGGAGGUCAUUGAGCAGAUGAGCAGCAGCGGCAGCAGCAGCUCCUCGGACUCGGGCAGCGGCUCUGGGAGUGGCGACGACAGCUCCAGCAGCGACGGAGAGUGCGAGCGAUCACCUGCUCCCCACCACCAGGCCUCUCCAAACCGCCUCCCCAUGGUCAAUGGCACUGACAAGUCCCAGAGCAGCAACCAGCUCAUAAAUACACUCAGGAAUGAUCUUCAGUUGAGUGAAUCUGGAAGUGACAGUGACGAUGACUGAGCACCUUAUUUUUCCAUCUUCGCUGCCAUUCUCCUUCCACUGAGUACCUCCCAAUCCCUCAACCCCUAGCACUCAGUCUUCACUCACUUGUGCAAAGCUUGGCUCCUCUAUAUUUUAACUAUCCCUCUGAGCACUGGGAGAUUAAAUGAGUGUAUUUUU